CCUUGCUAUUGGGGCUGCUAUUUUGUAUUACAGAUAUUCAUGAAUGACUGUUGAACUGUUGCCAACAGUUAUAACAUCCAUACAAAAAAGGAUUGAAGUCGGUUUCCCUUUCAGAAAUGACCAGACAGGUCUACUGAUUGCUUCUUUUAGUUGUUUGACAGCAGCUUUCACUAUCUCACCAUCCUCAACGCAAGUUAAAGAAGUGCUUCUUAAAGAGAUGAAUGAAGGUUUUAUUGAGGCUGAAAAGAAGCCAGGUGUUCUUCUUACUUUGUUUCAUUACUUGGAAAAAGUAAACAAUCACACAGUAUGCUUAGAGGCUCUCCAGGUGAGAGCUGCAUCAGUAACAUGUUUUGCGGGCAUAACUUCCUCUAUAUUCUUCUCUCUUGCGAAGGAGAAACAUGAUUUCAUUCUUUCUGCUGCAGUAAGCAUUGAUUAUGUGUUUUUGACUUGUUUCUCUUGGAAAUUAAUUAUUUGCAGACUAGUUUAUGCAUUAUAA